UAAAAAUAUGUCUUUAGGUUGCUCCACAAUAUAUGCUACCGUAUCUGACGUGGCCAUACAUGAUUGGAUGAACUCGUCAUCAAGUUUGAAUGAUCUAACACCGAGUCAAAACAAACUUAUUCAGUUUUCACUUCACUCUUCUCAUGAACAAAAUGGCGAUUUUGCGUCAUAAUUCUGCCAUGAAAGCAAGCUCGAUAUUCAUCCUACUAUUAAUUGCAGCUACAAUAGCAAUAGUUUCAGCCAAGUCUAAAGAUGUUACGGAGUUGCAGAUCGGCGUCAAGCAUAAGCCAGCAUCUUGCGAGGUACAAGCACACAAAGGCGAUAAAAUCAAGGUUCAUUAUCGGGGAAAGCUGACCGAUGACACUGUUUUCGAUUCCAGUUUUGAAAGGGGAACCCCGUUUGAGUUUGAGCUUGGCAGUGGUCAAGUGAUUAAAGGGUGGGAUCAAGGGCUGUUGGGUAUGUGUGUCGGAGAGAAGCGUAAGCUGAAGAUUCCUGCCAAAAUGGGCUAUGGAGAGCGGGGUUCACCACCUAAAAUCCCCGGUGGGGCCACACUUAUAUUCGACACGGAGCUUAUUGCAGUUAAUGGAAAAGGAGCGGUUGGAGGAGACGACAACAAAGGUGAGCUAUGAUCUCAAAAAGGCUUAAUGCUAGAAACUUUUAGUGUGUGCGAAAACUGUGUUUCACUAAAAGAGUCGUUUAUUACUUACAUGUCUCGCUUUCUUGUUACACUUGUAUGUUGUAUUAUGAACGUGAUACAAAGUUGCGACUAGAAUAUACGCGUCCUCGUGCUUUUGUCAA